GGCCACCUGCGUUGAAGAUCCAGGGCAGCCAAUCACAGAGCAGGACCAAGGUGGAGGGCGGGGCCAACGCACCAUGCGUCCUUCCAUAAAUGAAAUAAAAUCAGUGCGGCGUCCCGAAACGUUCACCCGAAAUUACUGCAACUUUGUAGAGAUAUAGUCAAAAGCCCAUCAUGUCGGACAAGAAGGCGGUAAUCAAAAAUGCAGACAUGUCUGAGGAAAUGCAGCAGGAUGCAGUGGACUGUGCCAUGCAAGCCAUGGAGAAGUACAAUAUCGAGAAGGAUAUUGCUGCAUAUGUCAAGAAGGAGUUUGACAAAAAAUACAACCCAACAUGGCACUGCAUUGUUGGGAGGAACUUUGGUAGCUAUGUGACCCACGAGACGAAGCAUUUCAUCUACUUCUACUUGGGUCAAGUAGCUAUUCUGCUGUUCAAGUCCGGCUGAGAUGUAAACCUGCAGCACACUGUACGCCAGCCUCCGCCUUUCUGCAGACAUGCUAUGUAGUGGUUCCCUGCCAACUCAGUUAUUUCAUGAUGGUAGUGUUGCACUUAGGGGGUGAUGUAGUCUGGACUGGUGAUCCAUCCUUUGGAAGAUGUGGAGCUCUCUCUGAUGGCUGAACUCCCACUGGAUUUAUUUAUGGCUCGUAUGUUUGAAUGUUUGCCACGUGCUGAUGCACCGAGCCGUCUUGUUCAUUUACAUCUAGUGAUGACUUAUUUUAAUUGCAUUAAGAAGAGCAACAGUUUUUUGUUAAAAUGCCUUUCAUUUCCCUGUAACAACCAAACUAGAUGCCAAAAAAAAUGUGCGGUUCCUUAAUAAGGGGAGAAUGCGUGAACAUUCCUGUGUACAAUAAUUGUGAAUAUGUUCAGUGUUACUGCUGCUUAUAAUGGAAUGUAACUGUGCUGUCUUGUUUUGGAAUAUUUUCAAUCAACAGCUCAAAUGUGAAGCACAACUUGGAGACAUUAAAAUGGAAAAAAUUGCUACAA